AUGGUAAAGAGCAUAAAGUUGAAGAGAGCCACACAUUUUUGGUCCCAAUCUUAUCUUUCAUAUUACAAAGCUAACAACUUUUCUUCCCCAUCUACCAAUUGCUUAACAAUUCUCUGUGUAUCUGUAAGCAAUUCAUUACAAAUCAAAAUGUUUGAGCUCAUUUUCAUACCUGCCCCCGGAAUUGGUCACCUUGCAUCCACCGUUGAAAUGGCCAAUGUUCUUGUCACUCGAGAUCAUCGUCUCUCUGUCACAUUGCUUGCCAUGAAGCUUCCCUAUGAUGUCAAAGUUGCUGAAUGUAUUGAGUCACUUUCUACAUCUUUCGCAGGAAAAAAUAUACAAUUCAACGUCCUUCCAGAACCGCCCCUUCCGGAAGAAAGUAAAAAAGACUUCAUUGUGUUGGUUGAAAGCUACAAGCCUUAUGUUAGAGAGGUUGUAUCCAACCUUACUGCCUCGGCAGCGACAAGUAUCGACUCGCCUCGGCUGGUCGGGUUAGUCAUCGACAUGUUUUGUACAACCAUGAUCGAUGUGGGUAAUGAAUUUGGGGUUCCUUGUUAUGUGUUUUAUACUUGCAGUGCUAGUUUUCUUGCUUUUAGUCUUUAUCUUCAAGAGCUUUAUGAAGAGAAUGGUAGCAAUGAAGUGGUGGAACAGUUGCUGAACUCAGAUAAUGUUGAGUUAACUUUGCCAAAUUUUGUUAAUCCUAUUCCUAGUAAACUCAUUCCUACCCUCUUUUCUAACAAGGACAAAGCUGUUUGGUUUCAUAACCAUAUUAAAAGGUUUAGAUUGGAAAUCAAAGGGAUUCUUAUCAAUACAUUUGAGGAGAUGGAAUCACAUGUGGCGAAGUCCUACUCUCAAGUCCUCCCACCUUUAUAUUUUGUUGGACCUGUUUUGCACUUGAAAAAUGCAGGAGUGGCAGGAUCAAGUGAGGCUCAAAACAAUGCAGAUAUAAUAAUGAAGUGGCUUGAUGAUCAACCUCCAUCAUCAGUGGUCCUUGUGUGCUUUGGGACUAUGGUAAGCUUUGAUGAGGCUCAAGUGGCAGAGAUUGCGAAUGCAUUGGAGGAAAGUGGGGUUCGUUUCAUAUGGUCCCUUCGACAACCUCCACCGAAGGGUAAGUUCGAAGCGCCGAAAAACUACAAUGACAUCAGAAACUUCCUACCAGAGGGAUUUCUCGAUCGAACAAUGAGUAUUGGGAGAGUCAUUGGAUGGACAUCACAAGUGGAGAUAUUGGCCCACCCAGCCAUUGGCGGAUUCAUAUCACAUUGUGGUUGGAACUCGGUACUAGAAAGUGUGUGGCAUGGCGUGCUUAUUGCGACAUGGCCGAUGCAUGCCGAGCAACAAUUCAAUGCCUUUGAAAUGGUAGUAGAAUUGGGAUUAGCAGUGGAGGUCACGUUAGACUAUCGAAUAACUUUUGGUGAAGACAAGCCAAGAUUAGUGAGUGCUGAAGAGAUAAAGAGUGGGAUCAAGAAAUUAAUGGGAGAAGAAAGUAAUGAGGUAAGGAAAAAAGUGAAAGCAAAAAGUGAAGAAAGUAGGAAAAGUGUAAUGGAAGGUGGUUCCUCCUUUGUCUCGUUGGGAAAAUUUAUAGAUGAUGUUUUGGCCAAUUCGGCAGGAGGAGGAAACUAAAUGACGUAGUUUCAUUCAUGAGCCUAAAAGCACGUAGACCAUUUCAUUUUGUUGCCAAAGCAACCACUUCUAAAUGUGAUGAGAGUGGCAUCUUGGAUGGUUUUGGUUUGUGAUGUUUGUCUUCGUCUUAGAGCUAAACUCAGUUUGUUUCUGGUCAAAACCCUCUUGUUUUGAAGAUAGUUAAUAAUGCACAUAAUGGUCGUUGCCUCACUUUUUGAAA